AUGCAGGCUUUUCGUCCCCUGCUGCGGCGCAAUGUGCGACGCGGUCUCGACCUCCGUCUAGUCGUCUUGCCCCGAGCGCAGCACAAUUUCCAAGGACCUCACAAAGAAUACUUUCAAACUCCUGGCCAGAAUCCCCUGCCGGAUACGACGCCGUAUACACAUGUUGCACCCCCCAGCCACCCUACGCCAGAGGCUCCUCCUAUCAAUCCUGGUCGAUCCCUCUUCUCACGAGCCGGGCGAUCCCUGUUCUGGGCGACGUUCUUUGGGAUUUCGGGCGUGGUCGCAGGUACGGCAUUGAUCACUUGGGAGUAUCUGCAACCACCUUUUGAGCCGGGUUCAGAAGAGGAGGCGGAUCUGUACGAGGAAAUUUUGGAAACACUAGAUACAUCCUCACUGGUGGAAGGGUUGAAAGAAGACCAAUGGAUCGAGGAGACCUUCUACACUGGGCGCCUGCGAGGGGCAACCGGUGUCCACCUGGUCAAGGAAAAGCUCACGGGGACGCAAGGAAUCACCAUCAAGACGUUCAAGCACGCGUCUCAAAAGUAUACCAUGAUGGUCGCUUUCCUCGGAUUUGGAAUUGAAGGAUGGCCUGACGUGGUUCAUGGAGGAAUCAUUACCACACUGCUCCAGGAGAGUGUUGACCGACACAUCCGCACUUUCUACCAAGAUCUCGGCGAGCAGGAUUCACAUUUCAUCAGUGUUGACUUCAAAGCGCCAACGCGACCGGGCAACAUCUAUGCGAUUCUUGUGCCACCGGCGGGAGUCGAAAGCGACAUCUUCGGUCGCAAACAACUGCAUUUGUUUCCCAUGCUAAUGCGAAUGGAAGUUGCACCAAUCCUCGAGACUGAGUAUGACAACUCUUCCCACAUUGAACGCUUUGUGAUCCGUAUUCCAACACCAUCGGCACAAGAUGUCACGCAUGCUGCGGCUACUGUCCGGGUCCGCAUGGUGCGCAAACAGAAAGAUAAUGAGUCCACGCCAGGGGCUGUGGCUGACGAGAACCCGUGA